AUGGCGGAACUGCUGCGGAGCUUGAGUGAUUCCCAAUUGGUGGCGCGCUUCCAGAGCCGCUGCGGGCUCUACCCGGCGCCCCCGGAGGUGCCGCAGGAGCCCGCGGCGGGCUCUGGGCACGGGACGCCGCAGCCAGCCUCCCGGCAUCCCCGGGCGGUCAAUGGCAAGGGCGGCCGGAGCGGCGCCUUCCCGCAGCCUUAUACCCAGAAGUCCACACAGAAGUACAUUGUGAAGAAUUAUUUCUACUAUUAUCUCUUCAAGUUUUCAGCUGCUUUGGGUGAAGAAAUUUUUUACAUUACCUUCCUUCCGUUCACCCACUGGAAUAUUGACCCUUAUGUGACCAGAAGGUUGAUAAUUAUAUGGGUUGUGAUUAUGUAUAUAGGCCAGGUCUCCAAAGAUAUUCUGAAGUGGCCCCGGCCCUCCUCCCCUCCUGUCGUGAAACUAGAAGAGAGGUUAGCUCAUGAAUUUGGGAUGCCAUCUACUCAUGCCAUGGCAGCAACAGCUAUCUCUUUCACAUUCCUCAUCUCUACAAUGAACCGAUACAAGUACUCCUUUGCACUGGGACUAAUGCUGGCCGUCUUAUUUUCUACCAUGGUAUCCCUUAGCCGGAUUUAUACUGGCAUGCACACAGUACUGGAUGUGAUUGGCGGCAUUCUGAUUAGUGGAUUGUUCAUUGCUGUCUCUUAUCCAGCAUGGGACUUCAUCGAUCACCUGGAGUCUGCCAGUCUACUCUUCCCUAUAUGUAUUCUCGUGGUGCCUUUCUUCUUAUGUUACAACUACCCAGUAUCGGAUAACUAUACUCCUACCAGAGCAGACACCACCACAAUUCUAGCAGCUGGAGCUGGAGGAACCAUUGGAUUCUGGGUCAGUCCUUUUUUUAAAUUGGUAUCUGAGCCCACAGAGUCUGCCAUACAAAGCAUCCCACCACUCACAACCAAAAUGUUAGGCUUGGGACUAACCAAAUUUAUGGUUGGAAUUGUGGUGGUUUUCUUGGUUCGUCAACUGAUGCAAAAUCUUUCACUCCAAGUGCUUUACUCUUGGUUCAAGGUGGUCACCAGGAAUAAGGAGGCCAGACGAAGACUGGAAAUUGAAGUACCAUACAAAUUUGUAACAUAUUCUUCUGUUGGCAUCUGUGCUACGGUAUUUGUGCCAAUGCUCCACCAGUUUUUGGGAUUACUUUGAGCAAUGUAUCCUUGAAAGAAAGCCCAUAGAGACAAUGCCAUCCUAGAAAGGCUAUGCAAUGAAGAAGACCCAUCACAGUCACCAUCCUUGCCGCCAUCACCAUCGCCACCAUUGCCACCAUCAUCACCAUCAUCAGAGCCAGCCUGCCACCCUCUUCUUUCCUCUAUGUCCACCACUCCCAAGAAAAGAAAAGCAAAAAAAAAAAAAGAUAUUUGUAUGGCAUGUGCCUUUCUUUUCUGGGUAAUAAUCAAAGUAAAUGAUGAUGUGGCAUGAGAAAAAUAUAAUUCCUAGGAUUUCUAGCUCAUAAGUUCCAUUACAGAUUCAUUCCAAAGUUAAACCUAGAAUAUAUAGACUAUAAUCUUAGCUUUUUAGAAUCCUUUGCUAUUUUUCAGAAGAAAUUAUCUUAUGACCUAACAUGGUAUAAUAUACCAUCUUGUAUAGUUGGGAAAGAUUACACAAGCCUUGAUUAGCUCCUGGAAAAGUCAGCUGGCAUAGGGGAAGUCUAGGGGAUAUUCCUUCAGUCUUCAUGUCUUCCAGAAAGACUGACCUGGAUUCUCCAAAUAGAAUGGGAACUUCAGCUAGGGUGAAAUAGUGGUGCCCCUUCCAAAGGCACUCUGUGGACAAAGUGGCAUUAGUUGUCAUUCCAAAGAAAUUAUAAUAGCCUCGUAUGACAUUUCCUAAAGUUCACCACAAGAUCAUCAUGAUUAAACCUGGCUUUGAAGAAAUUAAGUCUGUGGCAGGGUGUGAAGUCAUGGGCAAGAUCCGUAUCUAGACAGUAAAAGUACAGAUUUUUUUUUUUUAAUGAUUCCAUACAUUGUGACUUUGUUUAAUCCUUAGGAAUCCAUUCUGAAGUAGAGCUUGGGCAUCCAUCUUCACAUAUCUCUUCCAAAGAAUUCCAGAGAACAAUCCUUCAGUUGAUUGAUGAAUGUAAUUAACUAGUUAUUCCCUCCCAAUUAGCAAAAUGUAGGUUUACGAUAUCUAUGCAUGGAGCAGAAGCCUGACUACCACUGGACAGAACCUCAAGUCCUGGUGAGGCUGGGAUAAAUGACUGGGGUGAAUAUCCUUCUUUUUUCACCGUAUUCCCUUAUCUCAGGACUAUUUUCAGGACCACAUAGGAAAGACUUCAGACUAUUUUGCAGAAAAGCAACACACAAACGUUAAAAGUGUUAUUAGUAUCGCUAAGUCAACACACAAACAAAAAUCCUUUUCACCUGCUAGAAGUUCCUUAGCUCUUGAAGAGGAGAUAAGAUUGGAUCAAUUAAAAAAAGUUUACUCUUAAAAAAAAAAGUGUGCAUGCAUGCAUGGAUGGGGUGGGGGGA